AUGGAAAUCUCUUUUAAAGGAAAACGUAUUUUAGUCACCGGCGCAGGACAAGGUAUCGGUCGCGGUAUAGCUGUAGAAUUAUGGAGAGCUGGGGCAAAUAUAGUCACAAUUUCUAGGACCAGAAGCCACUUGGAGAGUUUGCAAAGCGAAUAUCCUUCAAUUGACAUCGUCGACGUCGAUAUUAGCGAUUGGGAAAAGACAAGAGAAGUAGUUGAAUCUCUAGGGCACUUUGAUGCAUUAGUAAACAAUGCAGCGAUUGCCAUUUGUGAACCUUUCCUUACUUGUUCACCAAAUGAUUUUGAUAGGAUGUUUGAUGUGAAUGUGAAAGCAGUGCUAAACAUAAGCCAAAUUGUUGCUAAAAAGAUGAUUGAUAACAACACUCAAGGUGCCAUAGUCAAUAUAUCUUCUCAGGCCUCAAAGGCUGCCUUAAAAGAUCAUGCCAUUUACAGUGCCUCCAAAGCUGCAUUAGACUCUCUAACUCGUACCAUGGCAUUAGAAUUAGGGGCAUAUGGAAUAAGGGUGAAUGCUGUAAACCCGACAGUCAUUAUGACUUCAAUGGCAAAAGUGGGUUGGUCCGACCCUGAGAAAAGUUCAGAAAUGAAAUCUAAAAUACCACUUGGAAGAUUUGGAGAGGUUUCAGAAGUAGUGAAUGCUGUUCUUUUCCUCUUGAGUGAUAAGUCAAGCAUGAUCAAUGGUGUUGAAUUACCCAUUGAUGGAGGUUUCCUUGCUACCUAG